AGGAAAUAUCCUUGGGAGAACACAUCAAAGACCAUUGCUCCUGCUUGCUCUGCAUGCAGGUUACAUGACAGGACAUGUGCCUCGUGACAGGUUAAGAGGGCACAUUUUGGGGAAGGGAAACUUUCUGACAGCUCAUCCCUAGAAGGCAGGCAGGUAAUUGUACUCCCAGUGGGCUCCAUCCUCACCAGGAAAAGGCAGCACCUGACUUUGGUCACGAUUUGGUAAUUUACAGCAGUGGAAAGAGCCGUGCUGGACGGCCCCCAAAGAGGGAUGCAAAGUUUGCCACCCAAAAUCAGCACAGGAGAUGGACCCAGCCUCAGUCAAUUGACAUUUGGCAGCUCUGGGUGUCCCAAGCAAAAGUCCCAGAGAGACCAACCAAAGGCAUCCCAAGGGACAGGCUUCCCUCUGCCAGGAGAGAAGCCUGCUUGGCCAGGAAAUGCCCCUCUGGAGGCAUCCUAUGGACUGCAGCUUUCCAAGUGUGCAAAAAGGAAAUUUGUUCUCAAACAGUUCUCAGUUUUCUCCUUCCUAUGCUUUGCACAGCAUCCCAAGGCUUUGAAGCCAGAAGAAAAUUGUGAAAAGGGAAGUGAAUGUUUUCUCUCCAAUCCCUUAUGCUAUCCACCUGUCCCACAUCCUUUCCUAAUCAUUGCUUCUUUGCAGAAAAGGGAUUUCAGGAGCAUUAUAGGAUGCUGGAAGGGAGAGAGCCAGCCCUGUAAACUCCUCACCUGAGGGUGAGCAGAGAGGUGAGAGCUUUUACUGACAAAAGGCUGAGUGAAGACAAGCACUGUCCACCCAACUCUUGGUUAUUAUUGGAAAGAACACAUAUCAAGACAUCCACAGUUGAAGCUAUGAAAGACAUAAACACCUCUCCUUUGAAAGGCCCUUACUCAAAACUGAACUGGGAUGCAAUAAAUCAGCCCCCACAUUCACACAGAAAACCAAAAAAAAAAAAAAAAAUUAAAAAAAAAUAAAGAAAAGAAAGAAAGAAAGAAAGGAAGGAAGGGGAAAUUUAGAUUAGUCACAAAGAAGUUCCCCCGCCUGCUUCUGUGUGCAUAAAGCAAUCUCCUGGAGGCUCUGUGUUCACUGCACCUCUGCUCUGGGACAGGAGCUCCCUGCCCUGCUCCCAGCCCUGCUCCCUGCCGGGCCCUGGCCCUCCCCAGCCGCUGGCAUGGAAGGAGGGGCUGGCAUGGCCAGGCAGACGGGCACAGAGCCAGCAGCUGGGGGGCAGCUGGAGCAGCACAGGGAGCGUGCAGAGGAGGAGUGGAGGCUCUGGCAGGGAGGCCAGGUCAGGAGCUCGCUGCACCUCGUCUCUGCCGUGGCUCAGUGGGUUUUGCUGCUCGCCUGCCUGAUCUACCUGGGUGUGCAUUUCCUGCGGCCCUCCAAGAGCCAGAGUGACAAAGUGCUGUGGACCCACAUCCGAUACUCAGGCAGGAGCACCAGGGGAGCAGCCGUGAACCUCUCCGCGGAGUCGGGGCCCAUCCGCAUCCGCAACGGCUCCGUCCUGGUCCCCUGCGACGGCCUCUACCUCGUGUCCCUCAGGAGCUCCAUCUACCUGGAGGAGAAGGAGGGGGACUGGCUGAGGCUGACCCUGCAGGGCACCACCAGUGUGCUGUGGGAGCAGACUGUGCCCAGCAAUGAGAGCACAGUGAACCACACCACAGUGCUCUACCUGUUUGAGCAGGACAGCAUCACGCUGUGGACCAGCUCCAACGCCACCCUCGGGGACCUGUCCCUCAGCCUGGUGCUGGUCGCUGACAGCAAGUCCUAGCUGCAGGAGCUGGAGCAGCAUGGAAAGCACAGCCUUCCCCACCGAGCUGCAGGUUUUGGACUUGUAUGGGCUGCCUGCUCUAGAGCCCUCCCUGGGGCCGUGGAGGGCCUCGCUGGGAGCGCAGAUGAACCACAGGCUUUUUAUAGUGCAAGAAUUGCCUCUUUGGAGCUCUGUGCAGCUGAUUUGGCACCCAGGAUGGGUCCUUCCAACACUGGGGAAAGGGAUGCGUGGAGCUCUUGAGAAGAACAGAAAUGAAAGCCAAAGAAAGUCACCCAAGCUUAGCUCAUAUUCAGAGAAACCCUGGAUUUCUCCAUUUACUUGACAGUAUCUGUAUAUAGUAGAAAUGUCUUGUGUUUUUUCUCAAAUAAAAGUCUGGUGAGUCAGGAAGAUACCUCAAGUGUCCUGAAGCCACUUGGAGCAGGAGGAGCAGGAAUCUGCCUGGCAAGAUGGAAAACAGGGAAGAGGCAGCAGGGAAUGCCUUUGGAGUGAGCCAGAUGAAGGCUGUCAGAGAAGGUGGUGUGUGGAAAGGAGCUGGCAGGACUGCACUGGGCAGCAGGAGCACUGACUGUGGAGUCUGGGGAGCAGCUUUGGGAGCAGAGCCCCACUGGCUGUUCCAGCUGUCUGCAGACUCCUGAAGCCUGAGCCCGUCUGCUGGGACAUUCACCUCCUGAGAUGUAAGGCCUCAGAGGAAAACCUCCUUCAAAGCACUCACACACUGGCUUGACCCAAAAGUGAUCCAGGCACAAAAAAUUUGGGCAAACAUGAAGCCUUCUGGAUGUGGUGAGCUGUCUCUGACAGACCGAGUGGAAGCUGCAGGUGUGUGCAGCCUUUCAGGGAGCACUCAGAUGGUUCUCCUGGCUUUGUCCCACAGGUGUGCGCCAGGGAUUCCCAGCACAGCCUCCACCGGGCACCAGGCACGCCUCUCAGGGACCCUGGGCUGCUCCUCCCUGCUCCUCCCUGCUCUUCCAGCUGAGACAGGUCCUGCCCGUGCUGCAGGCAGCCCCUGACCCCAGCACAGCCAGCAGCUGGGGGUUUUGCUGGCAGCAAGGCAGAUUUUAACCACCUGCCAGUUUGUGACUUCGUGUCUCCCGAGGAGCUCCGCCAGCCUUUCAGCGGGUUGCUGCUGGCUGCACACCCCAAAGUCUUUUGUUACAAGUAUUUAUGUAUUUAAAUGAUGGGCAUAAGAAUGUUACAUCAGAUUUCUUGGAGCACUGGGAAGGGCUCAGACCACGCUGUCAGCACUGAACUCCUCUUUGAGAAUGGUCCCAGUGCUCUGGGCUGGUCCUGCUCAGCAGACCCAGACCUGGACUGAAACACUCAUGGCUGAGCACUCCAGCAGACUCAGGUGCUACAGGAAGCUGAGGACAUCCUCCAGGCCUUGGAGAGCUUUCCUGGGCUUUAGGAUAAGGAGCUUCCCCACCUGGGCCAGGCCAGAGCCUCAGGGGAAACUGGCUGAAGCAGUCAACUCCUGUCGUGCCAAGAAGCAGCUUUCCUCCCCUCACCUGAGAAGCUGUGGCUGACUUGCACCCACAGGAUGCUCAUCAUUAAGGGAUAUUUUGGGCUGUUAACUCUGGCCACGCUCACCACCACGGGGGCUGAAGGCAGCUGCACCCUGCCCCGAGGCUGGGGAUUGUCACACUCCCCAGCAGAAGUGAGAAUGUGUUUCUAAAAAAUAAUAAAUUUUUCCUUUGCAACA